AUGUUGACCACUGCAACACUUAUUCUAUGUUUAUCGGCUCUAGGACAGGUUUUUACAGUCCCUAGAAUACUGGAAUUGGAUAUGGCUGAGAAUUCAGUUGAUGACCAAUUUGACGGCUGCAAGGAGAAAAUGGCAGAACUGUUAGUCAAACCUCUACCAACAGCAUCAGAGACACAAGAGAUGUAUCCCAGGGGCUUUACAUGGAACCAUUUAUUCGCCAUUUCUGCAUACACUGGCGAAAGGAUAUAUAAUAAUUUUAGAGCCGAUACUGUUAAUGGUAAAGAUAAUUACACAAAAAAGACAUACGGAUGGUAUUCACUUUACUUUUUGUUGACAGAUGCAAUACAGAUUUUGAAUAAACUUCAGAAAGAAGCACACCCAGGCUGUAUAAUAACUUAUCGUCGUACUAGACUUAUGUUUAAUAGUACUGACGUUGUAAACAAAAACAUUCGUUUUGGCCAGUUUGCAUCUUCAUCUACUAAUCGUAAUUCAACGGACAUAUUUGGUAAUGUUUCUUGUUUUGAAAUCAGAACCUGUGAAGGUGCUCAUGUGUCAAAGUAUUCUUUGUUUCCUGGAGAGGAAGAGGUGCUGAUUCCCCCAUAUGAGGUUUUUAAAGUCACUAAAGUCACUAGCGAUUGGUGUGAAACUGUUUACCACCUAAACAGUGCAGGAACUAAAAGUAACCUGAAUUGUGCAUUAGUUGAUGUGAAGAACCUUUGGCAAUCCAUAAAAGAUUUCUUUAAAAGACUUGUGGGGAAAGGAUGA